CUCAUAACUUUAAUUUAUCCUUGCUAUCUUUGGCUUCAUCGUUUCUACUCCUUUACGCUUUCCUUCUCUCUUAAGUCUUAACCCUAAUCUAAUCUCAUCGCCUGCGAUCGUAUCCACCUCAGAGCUUUUCAGAUCUCUACCGCUGUUGAUCAGGACCAAUGUCGUUUACACGUCACUUCCGCUCAGAAGGGGGCACUGCUCGUGAUGAGUAUUGGCCCUCAUUCAGUAGAAACAGCUCCAGAAGCUUCAACAACAAUGCCAGACACAACACCAAGACCAACUACAACGAGAACUGGAACAUGAGUAGGAACGAUAACUUUGUUAGGAAUCAUUACAAUUACAAUUUCCCAUAUUACACGGGAAAUUAUAAGGCGCAUGCUGAUAAUGCUUAUCAUUUCAAGCCUGAUGCUGCGCCAUCCUAUAAGAGGAGGAAAUUUUCGGCUUCUACUUGGGGUGAUGAUGGGAGACAUAAUCUGCCAGCAUACACGUAUGAUUUUUCUCCUUCAUUCUGCAAUAAUUAUGUCCCUCCCGCAAGAUCCAAUGGGAAUGCCUCUGCACCUACCACAUGUAAACGCGACCGCUCCAAAUUAGAAGAGGACGAAAUUGCCUUUAUGUCAAGGGAUGAGAUUGAGCGAUACUCCCCAUCUAGAAAAGAUGGUAUAGAUGCGGCACGUGAGGCACAUUUGCGAUACUCAUAUUGUUCUUACCUCCAAGAUCUUGGUCUGCGGUUGGACUUGCCACAGACCACAAUUGCUACUGCGAUGGUUCUCUGCCAUCGUUUUUUUGCUCGGCGGUCCCAUGCUUGUCAUGACAGAUUUUUGAUUGCCACUGCUGUUCUCUUCCUUGCUGCAAAGUCUGAGGAGACACCUCGCCCUUUGAAUAAUGUAGUGAGGGCAUGUUGUGAGAUUUUCCAUAAGCAGGAUAUCAAUCACUUGUCCUAUAUACUCCCUGUUGACUGGUUUGAGCAGUAUCGGGAACGGGUGACUGAGGCUGAGCAUAUGAUACUGGCUACAUUAAACUUUGAACUGAACGUGCAGCAUCCAUAUGAUCCUCUUACCUCGAUUCUUAAUAAAUUUGGGCUAUCGCAGACUGUUUUGGUGAAUCUGGCCUUAAGUUUGGUCAGUGAAGGGAUCUGCACAAGAUUAGCGUGAUCACCUGUAUGAUAUUCUUAGCGGGCGGAUUGAUAUGCUGUUCAUGGAAUCUUUUGUUUUGCUUCUGACGUUGAACUGCUGAUAUGACUUUUCCAUAUUUUGCCCCCACCAACUUCUUUAUUAUCUAUAGAAUAUAGCCACAGAACCCCCAUAGCUAAUUUCACCAUCUUAUUUCAACAUUGUGGUUGAGCUUGCUCAGUAAGGUGUCCCCUGAAGUCCUGCUUACAAACAUACAGUUUGUUUGUCAUGACUUUUGUCUGAUUGUUUAUAGAAAGGGUUCUUAUCUGUGUCUGGUAUCCUUUCCAACCCAUGCAUUAUUUGACUGCUAACACUGAAAAGGCGAGGGGGAGGUGGGAUUGGGGGUUGAUUUGGGCAGAUAUCUAGGGGUUGGUUUUGUUGAAACAGAGGCUAAGUUGAGUUCAGCUACAUGGAGUUUUGAAUGUAAUCAGAUUGUGCACUGGUGUGCACCUGACAGUCCGAAUUUUUUAUCUUUGAGAGUCAGGAUGUUCAGGUCCAACUAAUAUCUUUGAUAUAAUAUAAAACUCAGCCAAAGGGUGGAGAUUGUUGUAGAAAUGUUGCUGCUGAUGCAUGUUCGUCAGGAACUUGCAUGGGUUCCUGCUUGAUUUGGAUUGUUUAAUAAGUUUUGGUUGGGUUUCCAGUUCAGUAUUGAACAGUAGACCCUACAUUUGGUAUGGUGCCGGGUCAUCUGCUCCCCACCCCUAAUAAAAGAAGAAUAAUGCAGUGCAUUCGAAAUGGGGAGUUGCUAAAGUGUGUUUGACACUUUUCCAAAUUAGUCACCUUAGAAAAUGCAGCUUUACUGCCAUUGUUGGUAGAAAGGAGAAGAAUUUUUUUUUUGUACAUGAUUGCAAUAUAUCUUAUAUUCUCAGGUAGUGCUUAUUCGGAUCUAGAGCAUGCCAAUCCUUUAUCAGGGUCAGACCUUGAUUGGUAACUAUUUGGUUCUAGAUUCGUGGUACCAGUUUGACAGCAUAGUCUCCAUAUCAUUUAUCUGGAUCAGGUCCUUGACUGGGAACUAUUUGCUACCAUAUAUGUGCUAUCAGUCUAACUGCCGAGUUUCCCUGUAAGUGGACAUUUACAAGCUUUAAAUCGAUUAAGGCCGUUCAAAUUUGUUAGUUUAAUGUCUUUUUGCCUAAAGUUAUUGAUACCUGUGUUUCAAACAAUUUCCAGUCAUAAUAUUCUAGUUGUUUUAUUUUAUUGUAUUUAAAAAAAAUAAAAAACAGCUUUUUAGGCUGGGUUUGAUUGAAUUUUUAGUUUAAAUUUCUUGUUCUGUUUUUUAAUGAUUGUAUUUUGAGCUAUUUUCAUAUGUGACUUUCCUUUUCAUUAUGGAACAUUAUUUCUUUCUUGAAGGAACUCUUGAUUUAUACUGAAGCAAUUUAAAAGGUAUAUAACUAACAAGUAUUCUCUUUAAAGAACUAAAUAUUAUGAUUAAUGGCAUACCUCCCCCUAGCACUGACUUGUAACUUAUUGUUAAACAUUGUUUUAAAAAUAAAUAAAUUAUUAUUUCUUAUUUUAUUUGUUUGAUCUACAAACUGCAAUUGCAGCUGUAAGAAUUGCAACCCACUGCAAUUGCACAUUGGUUUAUACCGGAAAAAGGGAAGGUGCUGUUCUUGAAGUUUUAAUGCAUUAUCCACCUCUUCCCUCCAUUUACUUGUUGAUCUAGUGUUGCUUAGACUUGUUGAUUAUAUUUUCUUUUACAUCAUUGGAGCUUUCAUUGUUCCUACUUAAGCUUUGAAAUCUCUCUCUCUGUUUUUUUUUCUUCCAUUUAUAACUAUUAUUUUGAAAACUUUGUUUUAUUAUAACUAUUUACUAAAUGAAUAUGAAUACACAAUGAGUUCAGAAGAAAGCUUUUCAAAAAUGCAAUGAGCGUAUUGAAGUUUCACAAUGUUCUGUCUUGAAAGAACUGACGAGUUUGCCCUGUUUGUAUUAUCAUCCAUGACAAAAGUUAUUGUGAUUAUAGGAUUAUAUUGUAAUUCAAAGAACUUCAGCCAUGAUGUAAGAAAGAUAUGUAUAUUAUACGCACUGAUAGGCAUAGAGACAUGAGCCAGAACAACAUAUAUAUCAGACUUCAGUUUCAUCUCAUGUCUGCCACAUGGCCAUAGUUCAGAGUCUUAUUGGGAAUAUAUUUGGGGGUUAUGUGCAUGCUCAGUGAGCAUAGGUGCACAUGUUUAACAAGUCUUUCCAGAGCCAGCCAUAGCAGAAGAUUGUGGAUUUGGUUUGAGAAGUUGAGUGUUUGGAAUGCACUUCUGCAUCCUGUUUGCUUUCUCAUAUAAGUUGUGUUUGAGUAGAGUAGCCAUGCAGCUGUUGUGCCUGGGAGUUUGAUGUGUCUACUAGAUGGGUAUUACAUGUUUGCUAUAGUUAUGGUACUCUAUCAGCAAUCCUGCAGAGAUUCUGGAAAAAAUUCUACCUGACUUGCUGCUUUUGUAGUUGGUAAGAAGAAUUGUUAUUUUUUCAUGCAUCUAUGCCUGAUUUGUUGCUAUUAGUUCUGAUGCUAUAUGUAUCUCUCAUUGCUGAUAUACUUUUAUCAUUGUGAAAAUAUAUGCUAAGUUGCACAAGAUACUGCCUGUUCUUAGAUGUGCUGCCCCAAAUGGUUUGGUUUGUUACAUCCGUCUUCCUGUCCCAUUUGGACCAAUUCUGGUAUCUUUCAUACAACUUCUAGAUCUGAUGUGUGUAUUUAUUGUUUAGGCUUCGGAGUUCAUUGUGGCUUCAGUUUAAACCGCAUCAUAUUGCUGCUGGAGCGGCUUAUCUUGCUACAAAGUUUCUGAAUUUGGAUCUGAAACCUUAUCAAAAUAUUUGGCAAGAGUUUGAGGCUACACCAGAUGUCC